AUGCUCGGUCUUGAAUUUACCGCGACGCGUACGCAGAUCGCAUCCUACCUCUUCGGCGUCGCUCUCUUCAGCAUCAGCUUUCUCGUGUUCCUCAAUAGCUCGAUAUCCUUCGUCAUCACACAGCGCAUUGGCCAGUCGCAAAAUGUAGGCGAUGCGGUUGGCACCCUGGGCUUCGUGGAUGAGUUGGUAGCGCUCAUUGCGUGUCCAGCAUGGGGUUUACUGAGUGACAGGGUUGGCGUGAGGAGUGUUGCGGUCAUGGGGUAUAGUAUUGUAGGUGUUGCGCUAUGGGUUCUCGUGCAGGCGAAGAAUGUGUACCCGCAAUUGUUGCUUGCGAGGGUGCUGUUUAGUCUGGGUGGAAGCGCGACCGCGACUAUGGUCACGGCGAUUCUGCCCUCGAUGACUAUCGUCAAGGAAACCAAACCUGAUCCGCGAUCGCCAACACAAAGUCGCGGUAGAUCGCAUGCGCCGGCUGCUUCAAUAUCGUCCGAACUCACUAUCACGCCCGCGCGUUUCCGAUCGAACUCUCCGGAAGAUCAUACACAAGACACAUCCUUGAAGAAGGACUCGGGCGCAUCCACGUCGCAACUUGCCGGCUUGGUGGGCAUGUUUACAGGAUGCGGUGCCUUAGUCGCAUUGUUCGUUUUCCUACCUCUGCCAACACAAUUCCAAAAUGCUGGCGAGCGUCCCGCAACAGCUGUGGCAGAUGCUUUCUAUGUCGUAGGAGCCAUUGCUCUUCUUGUGGCGCUCGGCUGUUUCUUCGGCCUGCGUCAACUGCCUGGCGAAGAAGCGAAAGGUUGGAAACGCCUUACCAGCAAAGGCGACUACAAAGACGUAGACAGCCAUCUGACACGCGACGUCGUGUUAUCCUACCCGCGUCUCUUUCUGGAAAGCGUUCGCCUUGGUUUCACUUCGCCAAACAUCGGACUCGGCUACGUAGGGGGAUUCGUCGCACGCGCAUCAUCAGUCGCUAUAUCGCUCUUCAUCCCCUUGUUCACAAAUCACUAUUUCCUGCAGACCGGCCGCUGUAAAGUGGAAUCCAACAUUCCUUCUGAUAUCAAAGUCGCUUGUCCCGAAGCAUACAAACUUGCAGCCAUGUUGACGGGCAUCAGCCAACUCAUAGCACUCAUAUCUGCACCCCUCUUCGGUUACCUUUCCGGUCGUUUCCCUCGCUACAACAUCCCUUUGCUGGUAGCAGCUAUGUCUGGAAUUGCAGGCUACUCUGCGUUCGGAUCACUCACAAGCCCGGACUAUAAGAGUGAAGACGGCACAGGUGCGAUCUUCUUCAUCGUGGCGUUACUAGGCAUUAGUCAGAUCGGCGCCAUCGUUUGUUCCCUUGCCUUACUCGGCCGUGGCAUCAACAAUGAUGAACACCCCUCAACAGCCACCUCGGCAUCUGUGUCCGUGAACGGAACAACGUCCCAUCCAUCUGCAGGCGCUACACCGCCACACAGCGCACCCAUCACUCCCUUGGACGAAAACGCUCCUUUGCUUCCAGAGCACAUACACUCCACGCGCUCUGCUUCCGCCUCAAGACGAGUUACAUCGCACAGCCAUAUCAAAGGCUCGAUAGCGGGAACUUAUAGUCUACUGGGUGGCUUUGGUAUCUUACUACUGACUAAAGCCGGUGGCGCGUUGUUUGAUAGCACAGGGCCUGGCGCGCCGUUCUACAUGAUGGCAGGGUUCAAUGCACUGCUUUUCGUGGUUACGAUUGUUGUUAGUGGGCUGCAGGGCGCCAGGAGGUGGAGGACGGUCGUGUGGGGGCCUUAG